CUCAUUCGGCGAUUUUCAGUGGAACUGUGUAGACGUUUUGAAAUCGGCAACCAAAAAUCCAUAAUACAUUCAGUUUAAAAGCAGACCAAACAGCAAAAAAAUUUGCACGAUAAUAACUAAAUUUGCGAGUAUUAUUAAACAUUUCCGAUUUUAAUUGCAUCUAAGUUUUGUGUUCACGUACGCGAAUAAUUUUCAAAUAUAUUCUUCGCGGUUCUCUGGGAAAACCAAAUUUGAGAAUUAAAAUGGCUGAUGUUGCUGACAAAAAGAACGAAACCCCUGUGGUCGAGAAGGUGGCCGUCGAAGUUGACAACGUAAAAACGGAUAAAGAGGCCGUUGCAGUCGAAGAUGCAGCAGCAGCAGUUGAAACGUCCACCACUACAGAAAAUGGUGCUGCUGCUGAAGAGGAUUCAAGUAGCAGCGCUGACGGUGCCAAGGAAAAUGGGACCGAGACUAGUGCCGAAUCUGCUCCCGCUGCUGAAGAUGCUGUAGAAGCUGAAAAAAAGGCCGAAGUACCAGUAGCUGCGGAGGAACCAGUUGCUGAUGAUAAGACAUCUGAACCCAAAACGGUCAGCGAGGAAGCACCAGCCGUUGUGGAGAAUGGCGCCGAUGAGACAGAGGUAGCCAACGGUGAUUCGAAAGAUAAUACGCCUGCCGCUGAAGCCGUGAAACGAAAGGUCGAUGAGACUACUGCCAAAUCUGAUGAGGUCAUUGCCACACCGGAAAAAAAAGCGAAAUUGGACGAUGCCGCCAGCACGAAGGAUGAGGUUCAAAACGGUACCGAAGCCAGCGAGGUGGCUGCCUAAAGUCGGCGCGUUACUAAAUAUACAAUUUACAUAUACACAUCAAUCAACAUACAAAAUUCACACAAAAUGGGCUCUCACACACACACGCAAACUUGUGUAUGUAUGCAUAUGGGUGUGCGGCGCAUAGUUCUCUUAUAACAGCAAUCUUUCAUAGGAGCGUAGUCUUAAAAAUGUACCGAUUCUCUCUGACUCUACUAACACAAAACAAAAAAUUCCUUUAUCAUUUAAAAACAAAAACUUAACUUUAAAGAUCAAAGUAUGCAUUUAAAAAAGAAACAACAGAUGUGUUUUGUGCGAAAUGAUAAGCAAGCUGUAAACAAAUGGCAUCAAAUAUAAUGAUAAUAAAAGUAGAAAUGUAACAGCUAUCUUGCAAAUCUUGUAAAAGUAAAUGAAAAAAAUCCAAAUUACGAAUUCUACUUUAUCAUUUUUAAGAUUUCAUUCUUAUUUGUAUGUAUGAUCCUAUAUUAAAUAUGAAUAUUAAUAUAAACAACGGUUUUAUGUAUGAAACUCGAUAAAUCCUAAGAAGUCACAAUUAACAGAAAGCUGCCCUCUUCUAUUUUACAUUGGAAUGCAAAUUUAAUAAAAAAAGAAAAAUCAUUCCAAGCACAGCAAUUAUGUUAGUGCAAAUAUAUUGUAAAAAUUAAAAAAUCGCGCUUUAAAUUGUUUGAUGGACCGACCUAUACAUAAUUCUUAUACAAAAAUUCACGA